AUGUCUGAUAAUUAUCGUCUAUCUUUAGAUUCGUUAUUACCAAUCGAGAUUAUAUAUCAAAUAUUACACUAUGCGGGUAUUGAAAAUUUAGUUCAAUUAUUGCCCACACCAGCGUGUGCUUAUCAUGAAUGCUUCUUUAUCCAGAACAAUCCCAAUAUAAAGCGAGCUAUUGAUAAUUUAAUUGUUGCCAGCAAUAUAACUUUCAACAAUCGAUUAGUUCAAUGUUCAUUGAUUCAUAUAUACCUAAGAACACGAUCGUAUUUACAGAAACACAACCUCCGGUUCUUGCCAUCAAAACAAUCAACUUUACAAUUACUUUCAUAUUGUCAAUCACAAAAUAUCUCCAUCAUAAUAACCAUAAGUUAUUAUGUAUCGACAUUCUCUGACUUAUGGGAUUUUAUAGAAUUAUUGAAGAGUCAACACCAAACUGAUAGUCUUAUAAGAUACAAUUUGGAAUUAGAGAUCAUCCCGGGAUUUCUAUAUAAUUUCAAUUUGAAUUAUGUUUUUGAUCAAAUUGCCGAUUCAAUUGGUCCAUUAGUUGAAACAAUAAUGGUUUACAAUUAUAGUGGAUCAUUUAUUUUCAAAAAUGAGAAUUUCCCAUAUCUCAAAAAUUUAUGGUUUGAAGAUAGCAAUAUUAAAUUCAAUUCUAAUUUGCCAUCAACAAUAAAAUUAUUACAUUUAUACCCAAAUAGAUUUGGAUGGAAUAAUAAUGAACCAAUUAUCAUAAAGCAUCAACUACCGUAUCAACUUGAAAAAUUGAAUAUCGGCAAUUGUACUAUCAAGAAUCAAGCCACCAUUAACAAUCUUGAUAAUUUAUCAUCGAUAACACUUUAUAUGGUGAAAGAUUCAAGUACCAACAGUAGUGGCCAGUAUAUAAAACAACUUGUGACAAACAAUUUGGUUAAUAAAAAACUAAACAGCUUAAAAGUUGAUUUUAUAUGGGAUUCACAAAGAAAUCUACUUCAUCUACCACAAUUACUAUUACCAAACAAUGAUAAUGACAGUGACAAUGAGAGAAAAUUUACUUGUGAAAAAUCAAUGAAAAAUUUGCAAACUUUAUCAGUUACUAACUAUAUACCUACUGGUGUUUCUAAUUGGAAGAAUUUAACCAGUUUAAAAAUUCUGAGGAUCAAUAACCCUCAAAUUUUUGAAAAUUGUGGCAAGUUUCCUGAUAGUUUACAAAAUUUGAAGUUACCUAAUAAUAACAUUAAGGACUUAUCAGUGAUUGACAGAUUAAUUGAUCCCACAAAUGUUGCAAAUACUAGGUUGAAAUAUUUAAGUUUUUCCGAUAAUCCCAUUGAUUGGAACUUAUAUAUCCCCAACUUCACUCGAUUUACAAGAUUGAAAUAUUUCAAACUAUCCAAUACUCAAAUUGGUAAGAAUUUCCAUAAAUUAAACUAUCCUGAUUCCGUUGAAGAAUUAUCAUUAGAAGUCAAUCAAAUAUCAAGUAUUGAAGGAAUCAAAUUUCCCAAAAAUUUAAAAAAUUUAGGAAUUGGAUCAAAUUGGAUUAAAAAGAUAUAUCGACCUCAUCUCCCAUAUACUAUUGAAACAAUUCAUUUGACUGAAAAUAAGCUUACUCAAGUUGAUUUGAGUUGUAAUAAUCAAGGACAAAAAUUAUUAAUUGAAAUUUUAUAUCUAAAUUUCAAUCCAUUGUCAAAUUUCAAGCAAAUUAAACUACCUAAGCAUUUGAAAAUUUUGAAUAUGGACAAUUGUAAAUUUAAAAGUAUAUCAAAUAUAGAGUUUUGUUCAUCUUUAGUUGAAUUGAGCUUUAAUGGUUGCGAGUUAUUUCGAUUUGAAAAUGUCUCAUGGUCUGAAGAAGAACGAGAAGAAGAAGAAGAAGAAGAAGAAAAUGACAGAAGCCAAUUGUCAUCGCCAGGGUUAAAGUACUUAAAUUUAUCACAAAAUGAAUUGACUCAUUUAAAUGCACGGUUCCCGUCAACCCUUCAAGUACUAAAUUUGUCAAUGAAUAAAUUGAGCAAUUUGACCGGCCCCUUAGCAUCAACACUCCAAGAUUUGGAUCAAUUACAGGUGUUGAAUUUAUCCAGUAAUCAAUUUCAGAAAUUCCAAAUACAUUUCAAUUCAACCAAUUUAAAAGUGCUAGACUUAUCAUUUAAUUCACUUAAGUCAAUUAAUCUAACUUUCCCGAAAAAUACUAUUACUAAACUUCAGACGUUGAAUUUAUGUCUGAAUAAAUUAACAUUUGUAAAUGAUAUUAUGAUUGGUCAUAAUAAGAACUUGACUCAACAUGAAAACCUAAUUGAAAUUGAUUUGACUAAUAAUAAAAUUAAAUCAAUCAACAAUAACGAUAAUGGAGGGAUCCUUCAAUUGUCUCAUUUCCCUCAGUCAUUGAAAUGUUUUUUCAUUGGUCAUGCUGGUCAACAAGAUCGAUUCGGUUAUGAUAUGGCAAAAAAUGUUAUAAUUGACAAGGAUAGUAAUAAUGGGUUAUGUAAAACCAAAAGAAUAGAUAUUCCAUAA